AUGGCAGGUUUGGACUUUGUUAGCGAUUUGAAGCCGUUCAAGUCGAUGUGGAAAAUUCGUGUUAAGGUGAUUCGUCUUUGGAAGCAGUAUACUUGUGCUCUGGGAGAAACAAUGGAAAUGGUGUUAGCUGAUUCAAAAGGCGAUAUGAUCCAUGCUACUGUGAAGAAAGAAUUGGUCAGCCAGUUCGUGACCUUAAUCAGUCAAGGUGAAUCGAAGUUGAUGGUGAAUUUCAUCGUCACAAUGGCUGCUGGAUCUUAUCGCCCCACAAAGCACCCUUACCGAAUUGUGUUCCUCCCGACGACUCGACUAAGAAUGUGUGAUGCUUUGCCUUCAAACUUGACUGGUUUAGACCCGGUCAAGUUUGAGUCUAUUAAGGAUGGUAGUCAGAACACGGACUGCUUGGUUGAUGUUAUCGGACAUAUUGUUGAGGUUUCCCAUGUGGAAGUUAUUUCUGUGAAUGGAAAAGAUACCCAGAAGCUGUCACUGGAAUUAAGGAACCAAGAUGAUGAUCGUCUGCCGAUGGUGCUAUGGGGUAAAUUUGCAACAGAUGUCAAUGAUGCUAUCCAGCUAAGAGGUGAACAUAAGAUCAUCGUAGUGUUGCGUUUCGGCAAAAUAAAAGUCUGGAAAGAUGAACGUUCCAUCUCGAAUGCAUACAAUGUUUCCGAUGUUGCUUUGAAUCCUAAUUUGGAGGAGGUUCAACCGUUUAUUGAAUUGUUACCUAAGGAUGAUAUGGCCUUGGCCAUUGUUGACCCUAAGCCUCUUGCAUUAACUAAUGGUGUUUCUGACAAGGAUGAUUUCUUUAUCCAUACCCCACGGAAAAGCAUUGCUGAUGUGAAGGCUUCAAGACAGGUGGAGAAGUGCGUUGUUAUGUGCACUAUUGUCGGGAUUGAUUCAGACAUGGGGUGGUUCUAUCUGAGCUGCAAGGUGUGUUCAAAAAAAGUGCUCACAGUGCCAAGCGAGUCUGAGGAUGAUGGACUCGAUGUGUUCAAGCACAAUUACUUUUGUGUGAAAUGCAAUCAGCACGACCCCCGACUUAUUCCUAGGUAUAAGUUGCAUGUGGUUGUACUCGAUCAUACAAGCGACACUAAGUUCCUACUGUUUGAUAACCUAGCACAGAAGCUCUUACAUCAGCCUUGCAUUGAGCUUACUGGACCCAUAACCGAUGAGGUUCAAGAACCGUAUCUUUUGCCGGCUGCUAUCAACAAUUUGGUUGGUAAAACCUUUCUCUUCAAGAUACAGAUCGAGCGGGAAAACUAUCUGUACAAGCAUGAAACCUACAAGGUGUUGAAGAUUAUCACUAACACUGAUAUGAUUUCUCAGUUUGACCUGACUCAAUCCCCAACGGUUACUAUUGAUAACAGUAUUGUUUCUGAUGCACCAGAGGGUUCGAUGAUGUUGCGUGGCUGUUCAUCUCAGCAGUCUGACUCAACGAGUCUAACUCCAGCUAAAAGAAUUGGGGCACCGGUUAUCAAUCUGGAUGAAACAUUUGACCAGACUUCUGUUACGCGCACUAAUUGUCCAGUGAAGAUCAAGAAGGAGAAGAAAGAUAAAAGUGGCUAA